UUUACCAACUCCACGGCGCUCCACGGCAAGUCUACGACCGCAGACUCCCGGGAUUUGGGUAAGGGGUUCGAUCGAUUACAUUGAGAGGAAUUUUUUUCCUUGUUAUUUUGGCCUUUUGACUCGAUUUCACCAUGGCCGACUUCCUACUUUUCGAGGGCCCUAUGGGCUACGGACUUUUCAAGGUCGCCCACCAGGGUGACAGCGUUGGCAAUCGCUUGAAGGAGGUCCAGGAUGGUGUUAACGAUCUUUCUAAGUUUGGAAAAAUGGUUGAGCUGGCUAGUUUUCUCCCAUUCGAGAACAACAAAAUGGCCUUGAGCGAAAUCAACGACGUCUCGGAGGGUGUUGCCUCCGAUACUCUUAUUUCCUUCCUCGAAUUGAACCUUCCUAAGCCUAACAAGAAGAAGAAGGUUGUUCUGGGCGUUCUGGACAAGGCCUUGGCCGGAAGUAUCAAGUCUGCCUUUUCUUUCGUUGACUGCGAAACCGGCGACACCAGCGAGGUUGUCCAAGACAUGCUCCGUGGUAUCAGGCUUCACGCCACUAAGUUGCUGAAGCAACUUCGCGAGGGUGAUAUGGACACUGCUCAACUUGGUCUUGGCCACGCUUACUCCCGUGCUAAGGUCAAGUUCUCUGUUCAGCGUGACGAUAACCAUAUCAUCCAAGCUAUCGCUAUCCUUGACCAGCUCGACAAGGCCAUCAACACAUUCUCUAUGAGGGUCCGGGAGUGGUACUCGUGGCAUUUCCCUGAGCUGAUCAAGAUCGUUUCGGAUAACCAGCGCUACGCGCAAAUCGCUCUGUUCGUGAAGGACAAGACCACUUUGACUGACGACAAAUUGCACGAUCUUGCUGCGCUUGUGGAGGACGAUGAGGGUGUUGCCCAGAGCAUUAUCGAUGCUGCGAAGCACAGUAUGGGUCAAGAGAUCUCCGAGACCGACAUGGAGAACGUCACCUCUUUUGCGCAAAGAGUCGUCAGCCUUUCCCAGUACCGCAAGUCUCUGCAUUCCUACCUGACUUCCAAGAUGAGCGUCGUUGCGCCCAACCUUGCUGCCUUGAUCGGAGAGAUCGUCGGUGCUCGUCUCAUUUCGCACGCCGGAAGCUUGACCAACCUUUCGAAAUACCCCGCUUCCACUGUGCAGAUUCUUGGUGCUGAGAAGGCUCUCUUCAGAGCCUUGAAGACUAAGGGAAACACUCCUAAGUAUGGUCUUCUGUACCACUCCUCUUUCAUUGGCAAGGCAGGCCCCAAGAACAAGGGCCGGAUCUCUCGAUUCCUUGCGAACAAGUGCUCUAUCGCCUCUAGAAUCGAUAACUUCUCUGAGGAGCCCACGACCAAGUUUGGUGAAGUCUUGAAGAAGCAGGUCGAGGAGCGUUUGGAGUUCUAUGCUACCGGAGCCGCUCCUACUAAGAAUGAAAUCGCUAUGAAAAACGCCAUGGAUGCUGUCUUGGCUGAUAUGGACAUCGAUGCGGAUCAGAGCGAUGAAGAGAUGGAAGAUGCUGAGGUUGAGAGCAAGAAGGAGAAGAAGGACAAGAAGGAGAAGAAGAAGGAAAAGAAGGAGAAGAGUGAAAAGAAGGAGAAGAAGGAGAAGGGCGAGAAGGAAGAGAAGAAGAAGAAGAGGAAGUCCGAUGUUGGUGAGGGCGAGUCUGAGAAGAAGAAGCGGAAGCACGACAGCGAUGCUGAGCCGUCCAAGAAGAAGAAGAAGGUUUAAAUGCACCAUUUUCUGGGACAUGAGGGCGUCAUUGUCGCGGCGUUGUAGGGUUGAUUUUGAGUUCAUUUCCUAUCUAUGUUCUGUUUUACUUCACGACUUGUUGGGCUGGGUAUUUGUAAAUUAUUCGAUUGAGGCCUCCGUCGUGCUAAAAUUUGUCUGUAGCUCCUGAAAAUGUCAAUCGGAUUUUAUGUUCUACGUGGAUCUGAGUGUCAUAGUACCUGCUAGACUACUU